GCGGCUGUCAAACAAAAAGUAAUUUUGCCCUAAAACUAGAAAGUAAAUUAUUUCAAAAACACAAUGGCACGUGAAAGCAGCGCAGGUUUUGAUAGGCACAUUACUAUUUUCUCCCCGGAAGGACGACUUUAUCAAGUCGAGUAUGCACUAAAAGCUAUCAACCAGGGUGGGUUAACGUCCGUGGCGCUACGCGGCACCGACGCGGCGGUGGUGGCGGCGCAACGCAAGGUCCCCGACCGUCUGCUGGACCCUGCCUCCGUCACACACCUGUUCGCUCUGACUGAGAAGAUUGGAUGUGUCAUGACUGGCAUGAUUGCUGACAGCAAGUCCCAAGUGCAGCGCGCCCGCUAUGAGGCAGCCAACUGGCGCUACAAAUAUGGCUGCGAUGUUCCCGCCGCGACACUCUGCCGCCGCGUCGCUGACAUCAGCCAGGUCUACACGCAAAACGCGGAGAUGCGACCACUCGGCUGCAGCAUGAUGCUGAUUUCCUAUGACCCAGAGACUGGCCCAGUGGUCUACAAGACUGACCCAUCAGGCUACUAUUGCUCGUACAAGGCUUGCGCAGCCGGCGCCAAGGCCACGGACGCUGGAGCGUACUUGGAAAAGAAGCUCAAGAAGAGGGCUGAUCUGCCCACUGAUGAUGCCAUUCAGCUGGCCAUUGCUUGUCUUAGUCAGGUCCUUUCGGUGGACUUCAGGGCAAAUGAGAUCGAGGUCGGCAUUGUCACUAAGGAGAACCCCAACUUCCAUGUGCUCACGGAGGGUGAGAUCGAGCGACACCUGACGGCCAUCGCUGAGAAGGAUUAAGGUCUGGUUACGGUUAUUAUACAAUAAAACAUCUAUGUAUUGAUAUUUUUAAUAAAAACACUUCUUUCAA